UCUUCUUCAUCUGUCUCAUCUGUGUGAAGCACUCAAAGUCUCAAACCCCAAUUCCAAUUUUCUGCAGAAAAGAGUGGAGCUUUGCCCAGAAAGGGAGCUAUGGACAGGCUGGUGCAACCAGACGUUAAAGAGGUUGACUUGGUCUUCAAGAAAGCCCAAAAGUGCACCUCCACGUUUCGAUUGACCAACCUCAUGCACACCAUGGCUGUGGCAGUGUCUCUCACCACCACAAACCCUUGUGCCUUCUCUUUCACCCAACCCUUCUCCAUCAUCCCACCGCUUUCUUCCUUGUCGUACACCCUCGUCCUGUCCCGGCCGUCGGAUCAACCCCCUCUCGCUUCCCCUCCCGAUGUCAUCACCGUCCGAUCGUCCAUGCUCCCCACCGGCAAAGCCCACCUCGACGAUCUCCGCCGUCUGUUUUCCAAGCCCGGACCCCACGUUUUCCGUGACGCCACCAUACCCGUCAACCUUGUGGGUCCCCACGUCGUCGAAUUCCUCAUUUCGCACCAUACCCAGAUCCCAGAAACCGAUUUCUUCUUCAAGAAAGCCAGUUCUGGGUGUACUGGGUCCCAGCUUACAGCCCUGCUGAGACCCGCUAUAGUAAAUGGUAAUGCAAAUUUGGUCACUGAUUUGAUUGAUGCUGGUGCUGAUGUGAACGAUAAGAAUUCAAAUCGGCUGUCCAUGAUUGGGUUGGCCGUUCGUGCCGGUCGUCUUGAUGUUUCGAAGAUUCUGAUAGCUUCUGGUUGUGAAAUUGAUCAUACGGCCGACAGGGUUUUGCACGAGGCGUCGGCCACGAACAGAGUGGAUUUGAUGGAGGUUCUGUGCGCAGCUUUUGGAGAUAUACAUGUGAAUUCGGUCGAUUCCGAUGGCCGGACGCCGAUUCAUGUUGCGGCGGUCAGGGGGUCUGUUGAGGCGAUAAGGUUUUGCGUGCGGCUUGGAGGGAAAGCUGAUGUCUUGGAUUGCAAUGGGUGGAGUCCGCUGCAUUAUGCGGCGGCGGAAGGGCAUUUGGAGGCCGUGGAGUGUUUGUUGGAAGGCUCUAAUGGGAAGUACGUGGUGAAUAAUGACGGGAAGACUGCUUUUGCGCUUGCCGUGGAGAAUGGGCAUUUGCAUUUGCUGGAUGUUUUGCAUUUGGGGGAUAGGCUGCAUAGGGCGGCGAGGGUGGGUGAUGUUCAUGGAAUGAAGAGUUGUCUUGCGCAAGGGACAAAUGUGAAUGGGAAGGAUCUGAAUGGUUGGACGCCUCUGCAUAGGGCUGCGUUCAAGGGUAGGAUUGAGUGUGUGAAGGUGUUGCUUGAUCAUGGUGCGCAGGUUGAUGUUGCAGAUGAUGCUGGUUACACGCCUCUGCGAUGUGCGCUAGAGGCGGGGCAUGUUCAGGUUGCGUCGCUAUUGAUUGCUCAUGGAGCUAAGGCGAAUGUGAAGAGCCGCAAAGGUGUGGUUUCUUUGGAUUUUGAUCGUUUCAAGAGUCACCCUUCUCUUGUUCAUCCUCUGUGUCAUGAGAAAGAACGAGCUUGAAUGGAAGACGGAUCUUCUGUUUUGUUCAACUUUGUUGUUAUUAAGUAUUGUCCAAUGUGUAUAUAUGGCUUUGUGAUUUCUCUCUAUAAAAUGUGGACUGCACUGAGUGGUUGGUGAGAAAGAGAAGAUGAUCCGCUUCCAACCAUGAUGGGCAUCUGUUUUAGGGAGGAUCAUAUUGCCCUUGAAUCUUCAAUCCACUAAUGUAUACUUUCAGGAUUUAUUUCACGAUUCCUAUGCAAUCAACUGAGAUUUUUGUUUU